CGGGGCGCCCGGCCAGGUUUCCUCAAAGUGUUGCCAUGUAUGAAGCAAAAGAAAGACAGAAGUUUAUCAGUGAUGCUCAGUACCUGAGGGAGAUGCAGCACAAGAUGGAUACAGAAUAUCAGGCUUGCCUGAGAAAACAAGAGCAGACUAGAGAGCAGUCUGAGAAGAAACGGGAACAACAUGCCAGACAAGAAAUGAGCCAGACAAGCAUAUCAUCCAUCUCUGCUGUGCGUAGCUAUGAAAGGCCAUGGAAUUCACGACUCCCCGUUAACAGACAGAUCUCUUCCGAUGAAGCUUGUGGAUGUGAAUCGAAAUCCUCUAUAAAGUCUCCUGGGAGCAAAUCAGAAGCUAAAUUUCCUGCCAUUGACAAAACGUCUGUCAAGCAGAAACAAAAAGCUAGCACAUGGUCCAAAAAACCAGAAAAAAGUGGAACUUGUCCUAAAAAAGAUACUUCAGCUUUUCAGAAACCAGUUUUAUCAAGAAGACAGCGGACGAGCCAGAGAAGUUUUCUGGAAAACCCAGACUCUGAAAGUGUGAAAAGAGUGGAAGGAAAAGGAAGGAAAACGUCCGUGCUGCAGGGAACGGCAAAGACGAGCAGAGGGUCUGGCCCACAAGAUGGCUCAGGACAAAGAAGUGUCCCUGCUCCCAAGAACAAGAAGAAAUCUCAAGAAAAAAGGAGUUUAUUCCAGACAUCUAAACUAAGCAUUGAUGGCAAAAUUCUAGAGAGGGAUCUCAAAAAAGGAAAUGCUUCUACAGCAGCCCAUCCACCAGAGUCUACUGCUCUGAUUAGUCAUGGCCCUUCAGUAUCAAGUGAGUCAAACAGCUCCAACCUUCCACCCAUUAAAAAUGUCCCUGUGAGACCUAAAGAAGAUGAUUCACGUGCAGAGCUGUGCUCUGACGUUGAGGGUUCUGCCACAGGCAACGAAGGGACCAAAGAAGCCAGCCCCUUAACAGAAGACCUCCUUUCCUUUGAUCUCAAUAAUUCUUCUUGUGAUCAAACCAACAGAGUUUGUGAGAUGCCUUUAACCCAAGCGGAGAACCAUACAUGUGAAAUGGGAGUUGGGGAUGAUGGGCGGAGAGUUGAACUUUCUCACCAAUUGGUAUGGCAACACAAUGUAGUGGCAGACCCUGCUGCUGAACAGUCUUCAGUAGGACAAAGACAGACGAGGGGGAACAGGAAGUCUUACACUUUUAAGGAAAACCGUUUGGAAGACAAUAAUAAAAAUGAAGGUGAAAAGUCGGUGCUUAGCACCAGAAGCCCAUGCAGUGAAAGCAAGCCCGGAAACUCCUCUGCCAAUGAACCUGUUGGUGAUUUAAAUGCUACAGAAGACUGGUCAGGGAGCAGCAUUUGUGGCAGGGAAAGGCAAGCCUUUGAGAACAAUCAUAGAUGCUACGCUGGGCUCAUUAGUUCAGUUAGACCAAUGGUUCAGCGGCCCUCUGUGUGUUCUACAUUUAAUAUCCCAGGGUCGUUAGCACGGCCUGCAAACAGAGCUGAAGCUUCAGGCAAUGUGGAUGUUGCUGCAACCUCAGUGCAAGUCACGGAGCUGAUGGGAAGUCCAAGGCUUGUAGCUCGCAGACAAUUGUCUCCAAUAAGAAUGAGGGAUUCCUUUUCAGCUACUGAAAGCUGUCAAUCUUCCUCACCCACCAUCAGCACCUUUGAGGAUGGCAGCCUGCUUGAGGACAGUCUAAGCAAUGUGCUCAGCAGCACAUCUCCAAGCUCUGCUUCCCAUGAUGAAGAUAACCUUCUGACUUCCCACAAUUCCUCCUCAUCCACCGAUUCUUCCCAGCCGUCUCUUUUCCGGGCAAACUUCACCGCUCACCUUCGUAUGGCUGGCCCACUUCCAGAUCAAGUACCAAUUUUCCUGACAGUAUCUGAUCUGCGAAAUCCAAGCAGCUUUGUGAGCAGUGCGACUGUGUGUACUUCCCCAAAUGCCAAGGAAAUUAAUAAACCUGAGACAGACCCAGAAAAGCUAAAAAAAUUGCAAGAGAGUCUCCUGGCAGAGGACUCAGAAGAGGAAGGAGACCAGUGUCGGAUAUGUCAGAUUGCUGGUGGAUCCAUAACCAAUCCACUGCUAGAACCAUGCGGGUGUGGUGGGACUCUUCGAUUUGUCCAUCAAGAAUGCCUAAAGACCUGGUUAAAAGCCAAGAUUAAAUCAGGGGCUGAGCUUGGGGCAGUGAAAACAUGUGAACUUUGUAAGCAGAGUCUGACAGCAGAUCUGGAUGAUUUUAAUGUGAAUGACUACUACAGGAAUCAUCAGCAGUCUCAGGCCCAGAGUGAGCUGAUGAACUCGGGUCUCUACCUUGUGCUGCUGCUUCAUCUGUAUGAGCAAAGGUUUGCGGAACUCAUGAGGUUAAACUACAACCAAGCCUCCAGAGAUCGGAUUCGGCCAAUUCUGAGAACACUGGCUAAGAAAACGCUCAAGGGGGAUUUAAUGUUGACCUCCUGGCUUAAUAUUCGGCUGCCCAAUUUGCAUUAUUCCUAUUCAGUGUCUCCCAUUCAUGUGACCAUCCUUCUGAGGAUUGCAGUUUCUCUGGCGAACCAGGACUGUUACCAAUGGGGCAAAGAGCAGGCCUUCCACACCUUUCUGGCCGUGUGCUCCUGGCCACUGCUUUUGUCACCAUGUUCAGUGAUGCUGCAGAAAUGCCAUUUGCAGCAGAACAAAAGGCUGGAAACUACUUUUAGCCGGUCUCAACUUUGGAGGAACAGCACACCAAACUACCAUUAA